AAACGGAGCUGUGGCCCAACAGGCUGUCUCGGAAGCCUGCUGUUCUGAGCAGAAAACCCUCGUAACAACCUGCCGCAGAGAGGAGGAUGAACUCUUUCUGCUGGUGGCGAGGUUAUGAUGGAGAUACGCUGUGGCGGCCUGUUGUUCAGCUCCAAGUUUGACUCAGGAAAUUUGGCUCAUGUGGAGAAGGUGGAACACCUGGACGGGGAAGGCGAUUGUAUUGGUAAUGGUGGCAGUGCUGCAUCGAUGGUGUUUGGCUGCUCCCUUCCCAUUGCUGACUAUGAAUUUAACGUGUGGACCAAACCAGACUGCGCAGACACAGAAUUUGAGAAUGGAAACAGAUCUUGGUUUUAUUUCAGCGUGAGGGGGGGGAUGCCAGGCAAGGUGAUCAAGAUCCACAUUGUGAACAUGAACAAGCAGACCAAGCUCUACUCGCAAGGGAUGUCCCCCUUAGUCAAGACUGUGCCUGUCAGGCCCCGCUGGGAGCGGAUCCGUGAACGGCCUGCCUUCGAGAUGGUGGAUACCCAGUUUGUCUUGUCCUUUGUGCAUCGCUUCCUGGACUGCCGAGGUGCCACCACCUACUUUGCCUUCUGCUAUCCCUUUUCCUACACGGAGUGCCAGGAAAUGCUGGCACAACUGGAUGCUCAUUUUGCAGAAUGCAAACACCUCUCUCCCAUCAGUGUCCAGCGUUGUAGCGCAAUUAGUCGGAGGGCAGGCACAGACCCUAAAAAGGCUGCGGGAAAGCCACGCCCCACCGCCCACAGAGCGAGAAAGUGCCCUAGAGGAAGACACGCAAAGGGGAGAAAGGAGGAGGCCCCACCCAGGGAUAUGCCCUCGCUAGAUACCAUCUAUUACCAUCGGGAGCUGCUCUGCUAUUCCCUGGACAAGCUCCGUGUGGACCUGUUAACCAUCACAUCAUUCCAUGGCAUGCUGGAGGAGCGGGAGGCCCGGCUGGAAAAGCUGUUCCCUGAUGUGAACACACCUCGACCGCACUGCUUCAUGGGAAAGAGAGUGUUCUUUCUCAGCAGCAGGGUGCACCCUGGCGAGACACCUUCCAGCUUCGUCUUCAACGGCUUCUUGGAGUUCAUCUUGCGGGAGCAAGAUCCUCGAGCCCAGAUGCUGCGUCGCAUGUACGUUUUUAAGCUCAUCCCUAUGCUGAACCCGGAUGGAGUGAUGCGGGGCCACUACCGGACAGACUCCCGUGGAGUGAACCUCAACCGCCAGUAUUUGGACCCUGAUGCAGAGCUUCACCCUGCUGUAUAUGGGGCCAAGGCUGUCAUGCUGUACCACCAUGUCCACAGCCGCAUUCAGCCUGAUUCCCCUGACUGGCAGCCCCACGUUUCCCCCCUCAGCACAAAGGUGACGAAUCAGCACUCUGUGUGCAAUUGCCUACCAGCUGAGGAGGCCCCCCUUUCCAAGCUGGAGAAAGCCAACAACCUCCGCAACCGUCUCCGAGAUGCCUGCGUCCCCCUGUCUCAGGACCCCCAGCCUUCGGAGGCACCAGGGAGCAAGGACCAAGAUGCCUGGAUCCUCUCCGAAGACCCAACCUCUGACUACUGUGAGGAUGAAGCGGAAAGCCCGCCACCCAUCCCUGAAGCUAUCCCGCCCCAGGAGAGCGGACUAGCCUACUAUGUUGAUCUCCAUGGGCAUGCCUCCAAGCGUGGCUGCUUCAUGUAUGGGAACAACUUUGCUGAUGAGGCCUACCAGGUUGAGAACAUGCUGUUCCCUAAACUCAUCUCCUUGAACUCAGCUCACUUUGACUUUGCGGGCUGCAACUUCUCAGAAAAGAACAUGUAUGCCAAAGACAAGCGGGAUGGACAAUCUAAGGAGGGCAGUGGGCGGGUGGCCAUCUACAAGGCUUCGGGCAUCAUUCACAGCUACACGCUGGAGUGCAACUACAACACAGGACGAUCAGUGAAUACUGUUCCGGCAGCCUGUCACGAUAAUGGGCGGGCAACCCCUCCGCCUCUCCCGACAUUCCCCUCUAAAUACACCGCAGAGCUGUUUGAGCAGGUUGGAAGGGCGCUGGCAAUCGCAGUGCUGGACAUGGCAGAAUGCAACCCCUGGCCGCGAAUUAUCCUGUCUGAACACAGCUGCCUUAGCAACCUGCGAGCCUGGAUGUUGAAGCAUGUGCGCGGCAUGCGGGGCAUUGCAGGCUACAGCCGGAGGAAGGGCAACAAAACCCCACCUAAGGGGGGCAAUGUGCUUUCUGCUUCCUGUUCUGAGAAUUCUCUGUGCCGAACCCGGAGUUUCAGCAAUGGCACCAGCGGGAGCAACAGCAGCCAGCAGACAUCUCCCCAGGUCAAGACCUCUCCUAGCUUCACCUUCAGCUGCUCCCGGUCUCCUGCCCCUAUGGGCAUGGGCCAGAACCCUCCGAAAGGGGUCACAAGGGUGCUGGCGCUUGUACGAGAGCCUCGAGUCCAGGAGAAGCAGCGCCACCAGCAUCAGACCUUGCUGCGAGCUGCAGUGAGCAGCAUCCAGGUGCCUCCACCUCUCCCUCCCUCGGGCUGGACAGUCUCCCACCUCCAGCUGCCUCCUAGUCUUGGCCCUUGCCCCCUCUCAGCCACUCUCGGCGGGUCAGGGUCUGGUCACCAUGGACUACUUGUGGGCAAUAAGGCAAAUACCUUAGCAGCUGCCUGCCAUGGACUGCAAAAAGCAGAGCAUUCCCAAGAGAAGCUACAGGCCCCUCCACCUUGCAGCCUGGCGCUGCUCCAGAAUCUCUCAAGGCGACUGCACAGUGAGAAGCUACGAGAGCCAUCCAGCCUGGAGAUACUGGUCCCUCGACCCAGCCGGAUCCCCAUCCGCAGGAAAACCCAAGGCCAGCAUGUACUCAGGCUUCAGACCUGCAGCAACGACUCCUCUCUCAAAGUGUGGAAAUAUACGUCCUCACAGGUGCCAGCACAGAAUUCCCUGCCAGAGUUCUCGCUGGAAGUGCCAGAGCUGACUGUAACGAAGCAGAGGGAAGAGCCACUUUUUCUGUGCAACACUCCUAAGGUUUUGUUGGACGAGAAUCUCCCAGGGCGUGCAGAUUCCCCCCAGCUCACCUACCACAAGAUCCUGUCUUUCUGCACAGAGGCCUGAUUUGCCAGGGGGGGCUCAGCAGCUGCAGCCAACCUGUUCCAGCUCCUCGGGAGCCUCCACCCCACAGCAUGCCAGGCACAAGACGACUCCACCUGACUCCUCACUGUGGGAGAGACGUGUCGAGACACCCUGCCUACUGACAUCCAGCAAGUUCCCAGCCCAUCCAUCACCCCCACCUAUCCCUGUCCUUUUAAACCAAAGCUGCUCUUUCAGCCCCAGCAGCUGGUGCUGGCUUGGAGCCACCCUUCCAGACAUAAGAACCCUCUUCCACACAACUGCUUUCAGUCAGCUGCACAAGGCACCCAAGGCCUAAACAGUACAGCCAGGCCGGUCUUCCUGGCGUCCCCUUCUCGGCUACCUUCACCAGGCCCUUUGAUCUUUCAUCUGCACCGUGGAUGUUCCAGCAUAAGGAGGCAAAAGGGGUCUUUGGGUGGAUUCCCUCUGGAGAUCUCAGUGAGAUCAUCUCCCCCACACAGUGGACAUCCCAAUCAGCAAACCCCAGAAAGUUGCAUUUGGAGUCUCUUUCAAAGGCCGACUCACCACACAGCCAGCCUCCCCUCCCCCUGCAGAUCUGUGGGCAGAGGGCAUCACCACCUUAAGGCCAUUUCUGCAGCUGUAUAUAGUUGGUUACCAGGUUGGAAGCUAUUUUUGAAACCAGAUUGUCUUGUAACAUGUUUCUAUUAAUAAAUUUUGUUUGACAACAAAA